AUGAGACAUUCAUUUAUUGAGUGGGAUGAAGGAUGGAACUUUAUCCAGAGGAGGAUGAACAAGCUGAACAGGGUUAUAGAGGGAUUAUCUGAGACUCCAUUCGACGCAGAAGAUUUUAUGAUGCUUUACACUACUAUCUACAACAUGUGCACUCAACCACCUCCUCAUGAUUAUUGUCAACAGCUAUAUGACAAAUAUAAGGAGACAAUCGAGCAACAUAUUACUUUGAAAAGGUUGCCCUCUCUCACAGAGAAGCAUGAAGAGUUUAUGCUGCAGGAGUUUGUCAAAAGUUGGGAAAGACAUAAAGUUCGGGUUAGGCGGAUGUCGCACUGCUUUUUUUUUCUUGCUCGCCACUUCAUCCCCAGUAGAUCACUUACUAACCUAGAAGAAGUUGGACUUAACUGCUUCCGUGAGUUAAAUCUUAGAGCGAGAGUUGCUGCAUUCAGUCUUAUAGAUCGAGAACGCGAGGGAGAGCGAAUUGACAGAGGGCUGUUGAAGAAUGUGAUGGGUAUAAUUGUUGAAAUUGGAACAGAGAAAAUGGAUGCUUACAAGGAGGACAUUGAAGCACACUUGCUAAAAAGUUCCGGUGAAUACUAUUCGCGUAAAGCAUUGAGUUGGAUUGCGGAGGAAAGUUAUAUGGAUUACAUGGUGAAGGCCGAAUUAUGCUUGAGAAGGGAGAGGAAUAUAGUUUCUCAUUACUUGCAUUCAAGCAGUGAGAAGAAGCUGGUGGAGAAAGUGGAACAUGAGUUGUUUGAACCUCUUGCUAAUGCAUUUAAACAGAAAGUUAGUCUUGAAGUUAAAGCUUUGGUCCAACAGGCUAAAGAUGAUGCAUCAAGUAACCAGGAUUUCAAUGGAGCUUAUGGCAUGCAGGAGCAGGCUCUGAGAGACUCUUUUGAUCUAUUUUGGAAUGGACCUGUUGCUGGUAGUUUAGGUGCAGAAUUACUAGCUGCAUUCUGUGAUACUCUCCUUAAAAACGAUGGGAAUGAGAAGUUGAGCGAUGAGGCCGCCGAAGACACACUUGAGAAGGUUGCUAAGCUGGUUUCUUAUAUGAGCUCCAAGGACCUUUUCAUAGAAUUCUACAAGAAAAGACUUAUUCCUCGACUUCUGUUUGAUCGGAGUUCCAACUUGGAACGUGAAAAAAGUUUCGUAACAAAUUUGAAACAGAAAUUGGGUGGAACGUUCUUGACCUCUAGGAUUGAUAAAAUGGUCGAAGAUAUGACAUGGACUCAGGACAAUAAGACCAGCUUCUUGGAAUAUCUUCACAGUAAUCCAAAUGUAAAUCCUGGAUUGGAUUUCACCGUCACUGUUCUCACAACUGGUUUGUGGCCAAGUUAUAAACCAUUUAAUCUUAACCUUCCUGCAGAGAUGAAGACCUGCGUUGAAGCUUUUGAGGGAUUCUACGAAACAAAAACGAAAUGUAGAAAACUUAAUUGGAUUAACUCAUUGGGAACUUGCUACAUUAAUAGCAACUUUGAGUCAAAAACCAUUGAACUAGUUGUGUCAAGCUGUCAGGCUGCUCUGUUAUUGCUUUUCAGUGAUGCAGAUAGAUUGAGCUAUUCCGAAAUAUUCACUCAGCUAAAUCUUGACCAUGAUGACUUGGUUCAGACUCUUUAUUCAUUGUCAUAUGGAAAGUACAAGAUCCUCCUGAAGGAGCCUAAUACAAAGAAUAUAUCACCAAAUGACAGCUUUGAGUUCAACUCUAAGUUCACAGGCAGAAUGAAAAGAAUCAAGAUUCCUCACCUACCCUUGUAUGAAACGAAGGAGGUGAUCAAAGAAGUCGAGAAGGACAGGCGAUAUGCUAUCGAUGCUGCAAUUACCCGGAUUAUGAAGAAGCAGAAAGUUUUGGAUCUUCAACAAUUGUUUGUGGAGUGUGUUGAAAAGUUGGGACAUAUAUUCAAGCCUGACAUAAAAACACUCAAGCAGCGUAUUGAAAAUCUUAUUGACCGAGAUUACUUGGAGAGGGACAAGGAAAACCACAACAUUUUUAAGUAUCUUGUAUGA